AAUCGCGGGUAUACUUUGGCGUGAGACUGUCACGGAGCCAGCCCGCGACGUCAGCCCGCUGCGCGCAUUGGCACCGUCUGCCGUGCGCGCAGGGUGGAAGUGGAGCGGACGCGGCUGUGGAGCCUUCACGCAGGACGCACACAACACAACGCAGCUUUUAUUUUCUUUCAUUCUGUAAACCAACCGACGCUUCGAGAGAGCCGUGCCUAAUUCCUGGGCAAACUUGUGGAGCGCGAGCAGUGUCCGGCUGUCUAUCACGAUGAGCCGCCGCGCAUCGCCAGACCCCCGUCCGCCGGCGGCAGCGGGGCCAGCGCUCCAUUAACCCGCUCGCCACUUGACAUCAACCCCCUCCCCCGGGGCGGAGACGACGACAUGCUGUCCCCGCACAACUCUGCACCUGCCGGACCCGCAAACCCCGCAGAUUCCCGCAGCAUGGACAGCGAGCGCAGCAGCAACCGCAGGCCGCACGCCGGAGACAAAAGCAGGCUAACGGCGCUAGCAGCGCGCCGCGGCCGCUAAGAGCCGGCGACGAGCCGCGGGGGAGCCGGAGGGGGCACGAACGACGAGACCCUGCAGCGUGGGUCAGGAGGAUGAGACACACCGAAGCAGUGCAGCUUGGAACUUCAGCCAGACUGUGAGCGAGUCCCACAUCAUGUCUUCACAUCCAGGAUGGGUGAGCGGCGGUGGCGGCGGCGGCACGGACGACCUGGGCCUCAGCAACGGCGCCUGUGAGGUCCAGACCAUGGUGGCCUUACGCUGUCCCGCCGACGCCGCGUCUCCCGAGGCCGACCGCCUCUCCCUGAGCAACGACGGCGUGUCGGAGCUUUCCAACAGCGACCUGUCGCUGCCCGAGGUCUGCAUUUCCAGCAACUGCCACAGCCUGGAGGACGACAUGAGCUACGAGGUCCAGCAGGCCUACCGCAUCUUCACCGGCUUCCUCCUGGACAAGCACAAGGGCAUCACCGGCCCCUUCCUCAACCCCGUGGGCCACCAGGAGGCCCGGCACGGCGUCGGCGGGGUCAAAGGGCGCGGCCAGUCGCAGCUCAGACAGUCCAUGUGCCUGCGGAGGAUGGAGGAGAAGUUCGCGGGCCAGGAAUACGAGAGCAUCACCGAGUUCGUCACCGACUUCCGGCUCAUGCUGGAGAACUGCUACCGGUACCACGGGGUGGACCACUGGGUCUCCAAGCAGGGCCAGAAGCUGGAGGUCAUGCUGGAGCAGAAGCUCACGCUGCUGUCCAGAACGCUACGAGAGAAGACCACCUUGGCGGUGACCUCUAAAGGACGCUUUGGCACAGAGGAGGACCGCGGCUCGACGGGCACCAGCACCAGGAGGAGGCUGGCACCGCGGAGCCUGGCCACCCUCACCGUCGGGGGCCACGAGUCGGUCAUGGUGCAGACGCUGAGGCUGGAGGAGCAGCAGAGGGCCAAAGAGGAGAAGAGGCAACGUGAGCUGGAGAAGAAAGAAGCAGAAGAAAUGUCAGCCAAGGAAGUGGACGAGUGGGAGCAGAGCCUGCUGUCCCAGGCCGCCCCCCAGGCCGUGGACACCCUGUGGGAGCUCCCCGCCAUCGGACACUUCCUCUGCCUGGCCCAGACGGCCCUCAACCUGCCCGAGGUGGUGUUCUUCGAGCUGGAGCGCUGCCUGCUGAUGCCCCGCUGCAGCCUGCUCCUCUCCAAGAUCCUGUCUUCCCUGCUGUGCCCCUCCCAGCGGAGGGCCACGCUGCACCGCCGGCCCGCCCUGCCUUACCACCGCUGGGAGUCGGAGCUCAGGCAGCGCGUGGCCGGCUGGUACCGGACCGUCGGCGCCUCCCGCGACCAGCCCCGCCGCGCCGAGCAGCUCGGGCUCUGCCACCAGUUUUUCGGGGUCCUGGGGGAGGUGAGCCCCCUGGAGGCCAAACCCUUCCACCUGCUGCCCUUCUACCAGCGGGUGUGGCUGCUGAAGGGCCUGUGUGACCACGUGUACGAGACGCAGAAGGACGUGCAGGACGCCGUGCUGGCCCAGCCCAUCCACGAAUGUAGGGAGUCUAUUUUGGGCUACGACAGCAGAGAGAAUGCUUACAUACAUUUUCCACAUUUCUGCGGGGCAGAUCUGAGAAUCUACUGCCAGAGCCCCAGCGCGCCCCCGGCCUUCCCUUUCCCCUCCGUCUGGGUGAAGAAGGUCGAGAAGCAGCCGGGGACCGACGGCGAGGAGUCGGACGGGACGAAGGAGGAAGAGGAUGGAAACGACGGCGAGUGUCACGGAGCGCUGACGGACUCGGAGGAGACUUCUGCUUUGGCCAAAAGGAGAUCGGAGACAUUCUCAGUUCUCAUAAAGGGAAAGGGGAAUUGUACAGAAGAGAAAAACAUGUUUGAACUGUGGUCGCGGAUCGCAGAGGACGCCUCUGAUUCAGGCUCCUCUGAUUCGGACCCCUGUGAAGACGCAACGAUGCACAACAACUCCCUGUCCGUCAUCCACGUUGGUCCCAGUGGAGGAGGAGGAGGAGGAGGAGGGAUGAAGAUGAACUCCUCAGGCCUGGAGCGCCAGGCUAACAGACUGGGAUUGCAGCAGGAGCAGGGCGUCUCGUUGGGGUCUGUACGCACAAUCAAGGCGGAAACCCAGGAGCCGUGUCUGAAUGUGGGGGAGCACAGCUACACGGGGCGGUCCCCGGCUCGCUCGCCACAUCUGCCCUCUCCAAAUAAAACCCCGGCGCUGCAGGCGGAGGGAGGAAGUCCCAGCAGGGGGCGGCCCAGGUCUUCCUGUCUAGGUGACUGUAAGGACAGUGACGUGAAAGGCGAGGAUCCCGACUGCCGCCGCGGCCCGCCGAGGCCGACGGCGCACUUGUCUUCCGAGAGCACGCCAAACUCGAGCGAGGAGAGGGUGAGCGACAAAACGUGGACGAAAAAAAAAAGGAGGAGGAGGAAGCGAGGGGGGGAACAGCUGCCGAGGGUGAAGGGAGAGAACAAACAGCUGUCCGAGGCCGAGGCCGUCGAGGCGGCCCUGCACAACGUUUCCACAAGUAUGAAGAGAAAAGCCAAGAAGAAGAAACACAAACUGGGAAAGAAGUCUGAAUCCUCAAAGAAGAUAAAGCACGAGCCUCCCGUUGAGCCAUCCUUUAAGCUGGUGUGCACCAGUCUGGAGGAGCUACGAGAGCUGAUCAGUAAGACGGAGGACGAGCUCGAUGAUCUGGAGAGCACCAAGAAGAGAUUGGGCCGCUGGUACUACAGAAGAGAAGCAGUGAAAGAACUUCAUAGCACUCUAAUCCGACUACUGAACGAGCUUUCACCCUGGGAGCCCAAACUUAUCAAGGCCUACCAACGGAACAGGCUGCGAUUGAAAAAGGAGUUUGAUGAUUUCAAGAAGCAGCCAGAGUACAAUAACUUUGUCCGUGAGGAGUGUAUCUCAUCUUCAUCCGAUGAUGACGAUGAUGAUGAAGAGGAUGAUGAAGAGAAGGGGUUGGGGAACAGGGUGUGUUCGCCUGCGGAUCGUUCCGAGGAGGAAGACCUUGAACAUCCGGUUCCCAGAGGCCUUUGGGGUCUAGCAAACACCAGGGAGUCUGGGAUGGAGCCAGAAAAACACUCGCUUGGAAGUCCAGAGAAAGAUGUCGAUCUGCUGCCAAGGGUUGAGACUGUCAGCCUUAACAUGACAUCUGUGGACUCUAAGCAACAUCCUGGAACAGAGCUGAGCCCCACAAAUCAAUCCAGGGACUCGGCAUCAGUGUCAGUCCUACACCCACCCAGCGGGCUCCCCAAAGGAUACACACCCAUCCCCACCUUGCUGGCUAAGAGUGUGGGAAACAAAGUGACCUUAAUGAAAAGACCUGCUUAUUUCCCAGGUGUCAGCAAUGAUCUGCACAGCAAAGGCUCCUCGCUCCCCCUGCCAGCCUCAGCAGUGGGCAACACAAACCCUCCAAGAGCACAAAGUCCUCCAUCUGAUUUGCAGCAAGGACCACCGCGGACGCAAGCGCUCGGUCAGCCAAGAACGACAGCAGCUCUUCCCAAGGCAACACAGACCACAGCAAGUCAGCCUGUGCCCAAAAACCCCAUCCAGGUGGUGUACAAGGUCCCUGAGGGACUGGGUCACCUCGUGAAGAAAGACAGCGGCGGCCCAAUCAAGUUCUCUGUCCAUCCUGUCAUGGAUCAGAACACCGGAGAGAAAGUCAUGCAGCAGGUGGUCAUUCUCCCUUCUAACCUCCUCAUUCACAAAGCAGAGACAAAGACAACUCCUGAGUCCCAACAGCAAUCAAGAGGCGGUCAGCACACUGUUUCUGAAGUGGCCGGCCCUUUACGUAUGUCCACCGAUGUGCCUGGGUUCAGCAUUCCUGAAAAUCGAAUACCUGUUCAGCAAGUGGCUCCCCUGAGAGACGCCAGAACUGUGAGCAGUCCUCCUCCAUCUGUUUUACCUUGUCUCCAACAAGGGACCACAAGCACAGCGGGGGUUAAGGGGCCACAGGUAUGUAGUGUCCCCGCUACUAAACCACAAGGUUUCACCUCAAGCCCUUCACCUGUCACAGCUCUUUCCAGUGCACUUUCUACUGAGCCUGCUAAAGCCACAGACCCCAAGCAAGAGCUUAAGACUGUGUGCAUCCGUGACUCGCAGUCCAUCUUGGUAACAACGAGAGGCGGGAACACGGGCAUCGUCAAAGUCCAGGCAUCCUCAGACCAGAGUGGAUUUGGGUCAUUCCCCUCCAGUCCAGUCAUCACUAUCUCACCUCAGUUCAGAGCUUUCCUUGUGUCCAAGACAUCACAGACUCUUUCUCCGUCCGCUCCCUCUCAGCCACCACCCUCCGGUAUUCCACCUGUGACAAGCGUCUCAGUGACUCAUUCCCACAAGCAACCUGCCUCAGUGUUAAAGCACCCAUCCACAGUCACGGUUCCCAUCCGCACUGCAGUUACUGGAAACAUUCCCAUCACGGGCCCUGGAAGCCACAGUGCUGGCUGUACUGUUGCUGUAAAUCAGGGCUCACUUACUUCUGCUGGUCCCACAGUCGGGACUAAGAUCGCUCAACAAGCACAGACAACUACUGCUAGCUCUCAGAGUCGAACUCCAGUGUUAAAAAACACUGCUGUUCCAUCGCUGAGCAGAUCCAACGUUCCCCAACUUCUCACCCCUGAGUUUGUCAGCAAGACUGGCUUAAAGCGAGCCAGUACAGAUGAAGGAUCUCAAGUUCCUAAAUUCAUCCUCGUUACUCCAUCUUCUUCCUCAAACUCAAGCAUAGCCUUGCCCAAAGGCACUCCCUCCUCGACUAAAUCAGUUCCCACUUCAAGAGUCAUGAUCAUCGGCCAGCCGACAGCUGCGUCGACAUCCACCACCUUCAUGGGAAGUGUUCCGAAGCAGUCAGUGGUAACGGCGCAGAGUGGCCAAGCAGUGGCCGCCUUACCAAGUGCUGCUCUGAAGAUGGGCUUCAGUGCAGGUCCGCCCCCGGGCAGCGUCGGCUCCGAGACAUUGUCUCAAGCCAGGAACAUCACUCCACCCUCAGGGUUUCAGAUCCAGUUGUCAGGGAAGACAACAACCAUUGGACAGUCUAUCGGUGCCCUGUCAUGCUCUCCAUCUAAGUGCAAACCAGCGUCGGUCUCAAACUGUCCAACAGCCACCACCAAUGGACCGAUCCCGGUAACGAGUUUGAAUCCCUACCCAAACUCUCUGACCACCAGCUCUCAGCUCCGGGGCAUCCCUUCCCUCUCUGCUGUCUCUCAAGCAAGCUGCUCGACUCCCAUGUCUGCUGUUCCCUCUCCGCCGGCAGGAAACGCCGCCCAUAAAGACCUGAGCAUGCUGGCAGGUGUCCUGUCCCUCAGCGCUCCUGCUCAGGUUACCACUACUGCUGAGAGCAACCCCGCCCAAACCUCCACUGCUGUUCCUGACUCUCAGCACUCAUUUACCCAAAGUGGCAAAGGUGGAGAAAUCCUUUCCGCCUCUGCUUCCUCUCAACUUGCUUGCAAUAAAAUCCCAGCUCCCCUCUCAUCUGCGCCUGCCAGCUGUACCCCAUUUAGCACCUCCUCCACUGGCACCGUGCAGCAAAGGAUAGUCAUCAACACAUCUGCACCCCUCGCUGCCGGCACACAGAUCCUUCUGAACAAUGCAUGCUUCGUAGUUCCUCCCCAGGGUUUGGGUCCAGGGAGCCACGUCCUCAUCAUCUCCAGCCCUGCUCCACAACAAGUGCCUACUGCCAGUGCCACCAGCUCUGGAGCCGCAGUACCUUACCAAGGAGCAGGCAAUCCCACCGUAGCCUCUUUAGCACCAGUUCUGCCCCAGUGUCCAGCCGGGCUGCCGGCUGUGCCAGCAGUUACUCCUCCUACUGUAGCACCAUCGUUGCAUUCAUCCGCUCCUUACGUCACACCUGUCAAGCCAACAGGAACACCUGGCUUUAGCUCAACACUGUUACCCGGCAACACAAACGUAGUGCCGGCUCUUCCGAGGUCUCCGGCUGUACAGACGGGUAACUCCACGUCACCCGCGGUGGAUAAUCACGCCUUGGGUUCACCUCUGCCAAAGUUAAGCAGUUUGCCAGGGCUCGUGUCCCCAGUGGUAAGCUGUGCCGCCGCUUUCAGUUCGGCGCUGGCGGCAGUCAGGUUACCUGCACCGGCGCAAGCUGCUUGUCCAUCUACAGUUUCACUGACGGUAGCAUCCACCUUUCCCCAUUUACCGGGUCCACUUUCAUCCGUGCCCGUGCUGCCCAGCCCGUCAGCUGUUUCCCUGUCGGUUCCCGCCCUCCUCUGCUCAGCUGCAGCUGCUGUAGUAGCAGACCCACCGGCCUUGCAUUGCUCGGUUCCUGCUCAGCAGAUGGUCACGGUGACGUCUUUGGGCCCAGGCAUACUGUCCCAGCAGGAAGCGGCUGGCGUGGCAGCACCCUCCACUGGUCAGCCUCAGGCUUUAGUGCAUGCAGGACUUGGAAAUUCACCAAUCAGAAGGCAGGCGGCGGUCAUGCAGCCGAUGCUUUCUGGCACUCGAACACAAGUGUUGCCGACGGUGGCCGUCCCACCAAUUGUAAGCGCAGUGUCUCGGAUCCAGACGCUGCCCAUUGCUACUGUCCCACCGAUCGGAAGCACUGUCAACAGCGUCGAGACGCCCCCUGUUGGGACCGCACCAUCAUCCAACACCGCUGUAGCCAUCACUCCAGCUCAACCAAUCACGUCGCUGAAGACCAACAAUGCCAUCAAGUCACCCGUCAUACUGAGCAGUCGGGGAUCUGGAAAGCUCUCUGCGCAGACCUCAUUGUUGGGUGUGCACGCAAACACGGCGUCCAAACUGCUCAUUAGUCCGGACGGGGCUGUUUUGAGCACCGUCCAGUCACGCGUCGGUUCAGCAGAGCUGGCCGCCCGCCCCAAACCUCUGGACGCACUGGAGAUUUCCACCAACAGGUCCGCUGGAGCGUUACAAACACAUGAUUCCUCUUUGCAGCCUAUCUAGUCAGACACAAAGUGAACUGAUUUGGUGAGACCGUGGCUGCUGUGUUUUGUAGUAAUCCCAGUUGAAGGAUUUUGUUCGUAAGUUAUGUUGAUGAUAGACGGUUCGAUGCUCUGGAUAUGUCUUCUCAGACCCAAGGCUGUUCAGAUAUGUUAAACAUAUAUACUGUGAGGGGUUUCCCACCCUCUGACAAAUGUCACGGACUUUAUGAUUUUAUUUCAUCUACUUCUCGGCCAGUAAAUAGAACCUUUUUGAAGUGAACAGGUGAAAUGGGAGGCCAGGUGAGAAUGAGAUUUCAAGUUGAGCACUUGCAACUUUCCAAUG